AUGGGGCGCGGCAGCGGCACCUUUGAGCGUCUCCUAGGGCCCUACCGCCGCCAGCCCUGUCCCCCGGGCCCGGCCGAGGACCGGGAGGGGUCGCGGUCCUUCCAGGAGGCGAGCGAGAGGCGGGUCCGGAGCCCGCAGCCACGGCCCCGGGUCCCGGGCCCCGAGCGCGGCUCGAUUCUUCCCGCGCGGCCCGUUCCUGUACCAUUUCAGGGUUCUCAGCGGCAUGGCGGCCGACGCCAGCAGAAAUAUGGAGCAAAGUAUGCUGUGAACGCUAUUAAGAAAAAAGUCAACGACAAGAAUCCCCACGUGGCUCUGUACGCCCUCGAGGUCAUGGAGUCGGUGGUAAAGAACUGUGGCCAGACGGUCCAUGACGAGGUGGCCAACAAGCAGACCAUGGAGGAGUUGAAGGAGCUGCUGAAGAGGCAGGUGGAAGUCAAUGUGCGGAACAAGAUCCUAUAUCUGAUCCAGGCCUGGGCUCAUGCCUUCAGGAAUGAGCCCAAGUACAAGGUGGUGCAGGACACCUAUCAAAUCAUGAAGGUGGAGGGACACGUCUUCCCGGAGUUCAAGGAGAGCGACGCCAUGUUUGCUGCGGAGCGGGCUCCAGACUGGGUGGACGCUGAGGAGUGCCACCGGUGCCGCGUGCAGUUCAGCGUGAUGACGCGCAAGCAUCACUGCCGGGCGUGUGGGCAGAUCUUCUGUGGCAAGUGCUCCUCCAAGUACUCCACAAUCCCCAAGUUCGGCAUCGAGAAGGAGGUGCGCGUGUGUGAACCUUGCUACGAGCAGCUGAACAAGAAAGCAGAGGGAAAAGCCGCCUCCACCACUGAGCUGCCGCCCGAGUACCUGACCAGCCCCCUGUCGCAGCAGUCCCAGCUGCCCCCCAAGAGGGAUGAGACGGCGCUGCAGGAGGAGGAGGAGCUGCAGCUGGCCCUGGCUCUGUCGCAGUCAGAGGCCGAGGAGAAGGAGCGCAUGAGACAGAAGUCGACGUACACCACAUACCCCAAGGCGGAGCCUGCUCCUGUGGCCUCGUCCGCGCCCCCCGCCAGCAGCCUGUACUCCUCGCCUGUGAACUCAUCAGCACCUCUGGCAGAGGACAUGGACCCUGAGCUCGCUCGGUAUCUCAACCGUAACUACUGGGAGAAGAAGCAGGAGGAUGCACGCAGGAGCCCCACACCCUCGGCACCCGUGCCCCUGGCCGAGCCGGCCGCCCUGCCCAGGGAGGGGCACGUGGCCCUGGUGAGCACAGUGGAGACGCCCCUCCCGGAGUCUGACUCUCAGCCCAUAGCGCCUCCUGGUGGCCACUUCAGUGAGCAGCAGUACCAGAACGGGGAUUCGGAGGAGAGCCACGAGCAGUUCCUGAAGGGCCUGCAGAACGCUGUCACCACCUUCGUCAACCGUAUGAAGAGCAACCACGUGCGAGGCCGCAGCAUCACCAACGACUCGGCCGUGCUCUCGCUCUUCCAGGCCAUCAACAGCAUGCACCCACAGCUGCUCGAGCUGCUCAACCAGCUGGACGAGCGCCGGUUGUACUACGAGGGGCUGCAGGACAAGCUGGCUCAGAUUCGCGAUGCCCGGGGAGCACUCAGUGCCCUGCGUGAGGAGCACCGGGAGAAGCUGCGCAGGGCAGCCGAGGAGGCCGAGCGCCAGCGCCAGAUCCAGCUGGCCCAGAAGCUGGAGAUCAUGCGGCAGAAAAAACAGGAGUACCUGGAGGUGCAGCGGCAGCUGGCCAUCCAGCGCCUGCAGGAGCAGGAGAAGGAGCGGCAGCUGCGCCUGGAGCAGCAGAAGCAGACAGUGCAGAUGCGUGCCCAGAUGCCGGCCUUCCCGCUGCCCUACGCCCAGCUACAGGCCAUGCCCACGGCUGGGGGUGUGAUGUACCAGCCCUCAGGCCCCACCAGCUUCCCAGGCACCUUCAGCCCGGCGGGUUCGGUGGAAGGCUCCCCCAUGCACACAGUGUACAUGAACCAGCCCACUCAGGCCAGCGGCCCCUACCCCAGCAUGCCUGUGACAGGAGCAGAUCCCAGCAUGGUGAGCACCUACAUGUACCCGGCUGGGGCCACAGGUGGGCAGGCGGCGCCCCCAGGCCAGGCUGGGCCCACCACCAGCCCAGCCUACUCAUCUUACCAGCCCACCCCCACACAGGGCUACCAGAGUGUCGCCUCCCAGGCCCCACAGAGCCUCCCGAGCCUGCCCCAGCCGCUGCAGACCGGGACCAUGGGCUACAUGGGGAGCCAGUCGGUCUCCGUGGGGUACCAGCCCUACAGCAUGCAGAACCUCAUGACCACCCUCCCCAGCCAGGACGUGCCUCUGCCCGCCCAGCAGCCGUACCUCGCGGGGCAGCAGCCCAUGUACCAGCAGAUGGCACCCACCGGGGGCCCCCCACAGCAGCCACCGCCCGUGGCCCAGCAGCCGCCUGUGCAGGGCCCUCCAGUGCCGGGCAGCGAGCCCCAGCUCAUCUCCUUCGACUGA